AAACGUUACGCUUCGCUCAUCUUCACGUCCAAAGAUGUCUGCCACCAGGUACCGACGGUUCCUGAAGCUGUGUGAGGAAUGGCCCCGGGACGAGGCCAAGAAAGCCCGAGAUAUGGGCACGUUUCUGCGGCAGAAAGUAGCUUCAGCUUUCCGGGAGGGUGAAAACACACAGAUCUCAGAUCCAGAGAAGUGCGACCAGAUAUAUGAAAGCUUGGCCCGCAUUAACGGCAACUACUACAGACAACGAUUUCCUCGUGUAAGAGACACAAGUUUUACUGGAGUUACAGUGGAAGAGUGUAAAUUGCUUUUGUCAGGUAAUGUGGAAAAGAUGGACGAUGAGAAAAAGGGAUUGUGGAAAACGUUAAUGGAGAGAUUCUCCAAACCACCAGAAGACGUUCCGGAGAAAGAGAAAGCUCCUGAAAAAUAACUUUCUCUCUCUCUUUCUUUCUUUCCUACCUUUUCUUUUCUUAUUGCAUGAAUAGAAAUAAAGUGUAUUGUUAUUAUCUUUUAA